AUGGCAUGGGCAAAAUGCGGCUACAAUACACCUGAGUACAAGGCAUUGACGCCUGAUUCAAACCAAGGCACACACAUGGGCAAUAAGCUUCAGAUUGACCAAGUCAAAGGCAGUUACACGGCAUAUGCUGUGCACAUGGGCAACAGUUGGCUUUUGCUAAAAGCUGGCAGAAUUGUUGACUGGGCGUUGAUCACGGCGUUGAUUGAGUUGUGGCCACCGAAGACCCAUACUUUUCAUUUGCCCAUUGGCGAGGCUACCGUCAUGCUACAGGACGUUGAUGUUUUAUAUGGCCUGCCCGCUGAUGGCAUGGCCGUUUCACUGCCUAUUGCUAUGAGAUAUAUGUCGCGUGAUCAUUAUUUGGAUAUGCUGCAUCAGCUCACUGGUUUCAGGCCUCAGGACGAGGCUGCAUCGUCUGGUGCUAGUGGAUUGGCUUUGACCCCUAUUAGACAGCACCUGGAGCUACUCCACCCCGAUAUCACUGACGAUACAGAGAAGGAGUAUAUCACCCAUUAUACGAGGUUGUUGUUGCUUCUUCUAUUUGGAGGGGUCUUGUUCCCUAAUACUUCAGGAAACCUCGUCAGCCUUAGAUUUUUGCUUCAUCUUCAGCUGCUGGAUGAGUUACCCUAUUACAACUAG